AUGUAUGAGACUACUAAACUGCGAAUUUGGGAUUUGCAAGGCAACCCUCAUGAACUCUCCCUGUGUAAAACCAAGUGUGGCACUGUCAGUCCUAAAGUCCUCAUAGGCUGUGACCACCUUUGGCCCCUGUUGAACUCUCCAAGUCCACAACAUAUCCUUCCAUCAGGUCUUCACGCGAUUCCGUCACUCUUGGGAUAUCUGCUGAGUGGACCUCAAUACAGUAAGAAGGAUAAACUUCUACAAAAAGACUGUACAGCUGAUACAAGAAUCAGCACGUUGGAAGCUGAUGAGGUAGAGCAGAUCCCGGAUGCUCCGAAAAUCACUAAGCGAGUCGUUGCUCAACAAAUCUCUCCAUUUACGAUCCGCUAG